CUCCAGCUGGUUUAAUUUUGUCCUCUCUUAUACUUAAGAGACAUUCACAAGAAGAUAAAUAGAUUACGUGAAUACCAAAGGUUAAUAUUCACCACAAAGAAACAAAAAAUCGAUUAUCACAAACCCACAAGAAACAGAGCUUGGUGACAAGUGCUUUUUUCUUCAUCAACCCAUGCAAUAUAAGUACCCCUGAACUUUCUCUUUAAACACAGCAAAGUUUUUUUAACUCUCAAGUCACCUCCAUGGCUAAGGCUGGUUGGUCUCUCUGUUCCCUCAUUCUUGCAACACUUCUACUGCAAUGCUGCUCUCUCGAAGAUGAUAGGAAGGUUACACAUCUUUCUUCUUCUUUUCCCUAUACUACACAUAUCUUAGUUAUGUAUGUAGCUACUAUUUAUGGAUGAAAAUAUGUGCAUGUAUAUAAACUCUGAGUGAAAAUUUGAUUAGUUAAAUAUAAUAAAGCUAAAUGCAUGCUUGCAUAUACAAGGUUCAUAUUGUUUAUAUGGGAGAUCGACCAAAGGACAGCGCAUUGGUGGCAUCGACACACCACAGCAUGCUAGCACAUGCAACUGGCAGUAAGCGUUUGGCUAGAGAGUCACUUAUCUAUAGCUAUGGGAAGAGCUUUAAUGGAUUCGUCGCCAAACUUUCUGACACAGAAGUUGCAAGGAUUUCAGAUAUGGAAGGCGUAAUUUCAGUGUUUCCCAACACGAGACUGCAAAUUCACACUACAAGAUCAUGGAAUUUCAUGGGCUUUGACCAACCACAUUCAGUUUUUGGUACCGAAUCAGAUGUCAUCAUUGGACUGCUAGAUACAGGAGUUUGGCCUGAAAAUCCAAGCUUUGCCGAUGAUGAUAUCGGCCCACCCCCUGCAAAAUGGAAAGGGAUAUGCCAGGGAGCAAAUAAUUUCACCUGCAACAACAAGGUCAUUGGAGCUCGGUUCUACGACAUAGAGAACAUAUCCUUACCUGGUUGGGACAUAAAUUCACCAAGGGAUGCAGAGGGACAUGGCAGCCACACUGCUUCAACAGCAGCAGGCAGAGAAGUUCAGGACGUAAGCUACUUCGGUCUUGCCAAGGGUGUAGCUAGAGGAGGAGUCCCAAAAGCAAGAAUUGCCGUAUAUAAAGUGUGCUGGCUACAAGGCUGCACUGUGGCAGACAUUUUAGCUGGGUUUGAAGAUGCAAUAGCAGAUGGAGUUGACAUUAUUUCGGUUUCAUUAGGAUCAGACUGGCCUUCCCCAUACCACAAAGACCCCAUUGCUAUUGGCACUUUCCAUGCCAUGAGAAAUGGGAUUUUAACUUCUUGCUCUGCAGGAAACAGUGGGCCGUACAGAGGACAGGUCUCAAACUAUGCACCCUGGGCACUGACAGUGGCUGCAAGCACAAUUGACAGAAGUUUUGUCACCCAAGUUGUCCUUGGAAAUGGGAAAACCUUCCUGGGAACAUCACUCAACUCCUUCAAUCUUACAAAGACAACAUUCCCAUUGGUAUAUUCAGCAGAUGCAGCAAAUUAUACCUUGGGGAUUGAUGAUGAGAUUGCUAGGAUCUGCUUCCCUGGAACUCUGACUCCACUUAAAACCAAGGGAGCAAUCAUCCUCUGUGAUGUCCUUUAUGAUGGCUCAGUAGCCUUAGAUGGCGAAGCUGUAGGUGUUAUAAUGCCUUCUUCUUUUGAGGAUUUAGCAUUUGCUUUCCCUGUACCAGUGGCAGUCAUCAGCUACGAAGAUCAUGAUCUCGUACUCGACUACAUCAAAUCAGCAGAGAAUCCUACAGCAACUAUUUUGACAACCGAGCCAUGGACGGAUAUCAUGGCCCCUUCAGUGGUCUUUUCAUCAAGAGACCAGCCCAUCAGUCUAUAUCCUCAGGUAUAUAAGCCUGACAUUACAGCACCUGGAGUUAACAUUCUUGCAGCAUGGUCUCCCCUUGGUGGUGCUUCAGUUUCGCCUUCUGAUAGUCGAAAAGUAGAUUAUUUCGUGAUCUCUGGCACAUCCAUGUCUUGCCCUCAUGUUUCUGGGGCUGCAGCAUAUGUCAAGUCCGCCCACCCAACAUGGUCUCCUGCUGCUGUGAAGUCUGCCCUCAUGACUACAGCUAAAGUCAUGGACUCAAGGAAGAAUGAAGAUGCCGAAUUUGCCUACGGUGCUGGCCAUAUUGACCCACUGAAAGCUAUAGACCCAGGUCUAGUUUACGAUGCAAGUGAGGCGGAUUAUGUGGAUUUCCUGUGUAAGGAGGGUUACAACACUACCCUUGUAAGAAUUAUCAGUGGUGACAACAGCAGUUGUCCGAGUGACCAACCUGGCAAGGCCUGGGAUCUGAACUACCCAUCAUUCAGUCUCUCAUUGCUUGACGGAGAGACGGUCAUGGCUACUUACCCCAGGACAGUCACCAAUGUAGGCCCAGCCAACUCAAUUUACCAUGCCAAAGUGUCAAUGCCUUCGCCAUUUACCGUCGAAGUAGAGCCAACAACCCUCAGCUUUUCAGAGGUUGGAGAGAAGAAAUCAUUUACGCUAAAGAUUUACGGAUCUCCCAUUGUCAACACUCCCAUUGUCUCAGGCUCACUUGAAUGGACAGAUGGGCAUCAUGUUGUUAGGAGUCCCAUUGUUGUCUUCAAUAACAUUCCUUCCAUUUGGGCAUCUCUGGAUGAUCAGUCUGCAAUGAGCCAUAAGAAGUAUACUGGUUCAUGGAACGGCACUACCCCCUACCACAAGAAUGGGAUCUUCAGGGCAAUGAAGAAAAGAGCCUAA